AUGCCGAUUGCCGAUGACAGCAAAAUGUUUAGAGUAAUAAAAAACGAAGCUGACGUGGAACAAUUUCAGAGUGAUCUGUCAAAUGUUCAUGACUGGAGUAGGGGAUGGUGGAUGCAGUUCAACACAAAAAAAUGUAAAUUUAUGCGUUUGACGCAUAAAAAGUCUUUCAAGCAUAUCCCGCAUUAUGAUAUGAAUGGCGACUUGCUGGAUCGAGUUAAGUCAGUGAAAGACCUAGGUAUCUCG